AGAAGAAUUUUCGUCUCUAAAAUUGCGCGAACAAUUGUCUUCGUGAUAAAAGUGUUUGUGACUUAAACAGGAUGUGAUGUAACUGUUUUCGAAAACUCUGGGAGGAUGUUCGUCUUAGCAGUUAUCAGCUUGCUUAUACAAGAAUCCUUACUGCUGCGGAUGGUGCGCGUAACGGUGCCCUCGUAUCUCGUGCGUGGUCAGCCAGCUCAGCUGAACUGUGACUACGAUCUGGGCGACGACGCACUCUACUCCGUCAAGUGGUACCGGGACAACGAGGAGUUCUACCGGUACAUGCCGAAGUUCGAUCCACCAAAACACGCCUAUAGGAUAGAAGGGAUCAAAGUGAAUGUAGCUAAGUCAGAUGACCGCAAAGUGAUCCUGCACCAAGUAACGUUGAAGACGUCGGGGCUGUACCGGUGCGAGGUGUCUGCAGAAGCACCGAGCUUCUCCUCAGCUGCUGGAGAAGGGAAACUAGAAGUUAUUUAUUUACCGAAAGAAGGUCCUAGAAUAACGGGAAAUGAACACGAGAACCGAAGGGGAGAUUCAAUAUUUCUUAAUUGCACGUCGGGGAGAUCGUACCCAGAAGCCGUGCUCAGUUGGGACAUCGAUGGGGAAAAGGUGACAAAUCCAGAUCUCCUAGUGGAGUAUCCUCCAUCUCUCCACGCUCAUGGGCUGAUGUCAUCAGCUCUAGGCCUACGGGUGCCAGUGGGGCGGACCAUGCAGGUUCGGUGCACAGCCCGAGUCGCACUCUCCUGGAGGGAGGGCAGCGAAGCUGUCGUUGGAAGUCAGCUGGCGGAUAGCAAGGAAGCUAUGUUGCUCGUGAAGAGCUCAAGCGAGGUGCCAUCAUCCAGCAUAAUCCUGUUAACAGUAGCCCUUGGGCUCCUCAUUGGGACGACGGUACAAUCUGGGACGUGAUAAAUUAUCCCCGGUUUUAUAUUAACAAACGUGAUUUAGGCGUAACUCUUCGAUAUUACUCCAGAAAUCUGGCUGAGAGUUUGAUGUAAGAAAUUGUCGUAAGAUUUUUUUUGGUAGAACGAGGCGAAUCGGGUCACAGGGAAAAAUCGGGCUACAAAAAUUUUACUUAUGACUGGUGUAAGUAAAGAGUAGAAGUUCACAGUGAUAAUUUUGUCUACAAAUAUCAAAAUAAAUCCUAGAAUUAUGACCGAUUUUUUUGUCCUGGUCCGAUUUGUUUUGUCUACCCUAUAUUUCAAUCUGUUUUUUUUUUCGUGACAACUUCAUAGUUUAUAUCAUUUGUUAACUGAGCAUUGGGGAAGGAUGACUGAGGAUACGCCUGAGAAAAAAUGAAACUCCAGGAUGGUGGUGAUGCUACUAAUACCUAUUUUCUGCAUAGAAAUUCUAUUUUCUGCAUUGAUUGUAAGAGGGAACUACAUUUUAUUGCUGCAUUGUAUUAUAAUAUUAACACAUUCGGAAGCUGAGUAGUACGGUGAUAGCGAUAUUGCAGUUCAAGAAAGCCUUAACCGUUAUGGGAUGUAUUAUUUUGGGCUGAAUUCGAGGUUCUGUGGAUCGGAAACACUUAAAAACACACAGGAAUCUGGUAUAGCGUUCUAUAAAAAUUGAAAUAAAAGUGAAUUAAAAAAAAAUGAUUUAAAUAACAAAUGAAAGUAAAAAAUGCAGGUUUAUUUUUACUACUGUAUAGACUGCAAUACAUAUCUAAUAUAUUAAUAAUUUAGUGAGUGAUGUAUUAUUUCGUCCGUACGGAUAUCAAAGUGUUAAAAUGUUAUGUAAUAAUUUUUCUAUAAUUUUGAUUUGGUGUUUGUAAACUUCUGUCUACUAUAUUUAAUAGUUAUCUGUUUUACAAGGGGGCAAAGUUGUUGUUUAACCGCACGUGCCAAUAUUGAUACCCGAGCACCAAAGAUUCCAAUAUUGAACCGCGAGCGUAGCGUUGCGAGGGUUUCAAGUUACGUAGGUUAAACAAACUUCAUCAUUUUACAAUAUAAAAUCAUCAUUUAUAGGUAAGUCAGUCGGCUUAAGACAUCAAGUUAAAGUUUGUAGGAGAUUACUUUGCUCUCUUGCGGUUAAAACGCAAUUUUGCUUAUUGUUUUCAAAUAGAAAAGAAAGUCUUUAUCAGUUGGUGUGGUGAAAAAAUAUUUUUACCUGAAAAUAUACAUAUGAGAAAAAAGCGUUUCAUUAACUUUUGUAAAUUUGUAAAGUAUCACUUUACGUAACUAUGAACGUGUAGAACUGAAUCUUAAUUAUAAACUAAAAUCAAGCGAAGUUAGGAGAGAUACUGAUAGGAAUAUCAGCAACAUAAUUAUAAUGAAUUGAAUGAUAUUUAAAUGUAUUGUUAAAACUGUAUUAAUGUAAAAACUAUUGAACUGACUGCUUAUGAAAUAAAUGAAUUUGUGACUAGUUUGACUCGUAUAUAUAUAAUUUAAUAUUUACGAUUGAAUAAUUGUACAACUUAAGUAAUUUUUUCUACUCCCGAACUGUUAUUCGUCAUUUACAGGGUCGUGCACAGAUCUUUAAAACCCUACAUAAAGGUCUAUUCCCCAAAG